CACGGAGGGAUUGUAUGGUCGAGCCUCAGCGAUAACUUGAGGUUGAGCUAAAGAUGGCGGAUGGAGAGAAUACGCUCCUGGAUACCAGCGCCAGCGUUUCGGAAACGGGAGAGCCUCUGUCUAAAAGGCCCAAACUAAGUGCAGCUUUAGGCUGCGAGCUCAGCACUGUUCAGGUGAAGCAGGGAAAGUGUGGAAGCGAUGAUGGUGAGGCUUGGGCGGCGGCGAUUGCUGCGCGGUCAGGGGAGGAGUGGAAGGUUGAGGCGGUGUCGGCGGGACAGGCCACAGCUGCACCAGGCAGAGACAAUGAAGUGCUCACUCCGGAGCGCAGGGAGCUGCAGAGACCGGAGGAGAAGGUGCUAAUCGACGGACCUGCCGUAGAGUUGCCAGGUGUUCCUCCCAAUGGAUGCUACCCUGAUGUCUGUGGUGAUGGGGACAAUGACUAUGAAGGGGAAGGUGAAGAUGAUGAUGGUGAUGAUGGUGAGGAGGAGGAUGAUGAUGAUGAUGACAGAUCUUCACAAGCAAGUUCAAGUGAUUGGACACCUCAGCCACAGAUAGGCUCCUACAGCUUUAUCCAGCAGCACAUCAUGAGGGAGACGGACCCACGGACAAUCCUGAAGGACCUACUCCCAGAAACUGUGCUUCCGCCUGACCUGGAUGACAUGACUCUCUGGCAGAUAAUCAUCAACAUCUCCGAGCCUCCCAAGAGGAAGAAGCGCAAAGACCUCAACACCCUGGAGGACGUGGUGCGGAUCCUGCAUGAAUCCAAGCGCAUCAUUGUGCUCACUGGCGCGGGGGUGUCUGUGUCAUGUGGAAUACCUGACUUUCGGUCCAGAGAUGGCAUUUAUGCAAGGCUUGCUAAGGAUUUUCCAGAUCUUCCAGACCCUCAAGCAAUGUUUGAUAUUGAGUACUUCAGGAGAGACCCCAGACCUUUCUUCAAAUUUGCGAAGGAGAUCUACCCGGGACAGUUCCGCCCAUCGCCCUGUCACAAGUUCAUCUCCCUGCUGGAUAAAGAAGGCAAGCUCCUGAGGAACUACACGCAGAACAUAGACACCCUGGAGCAGGUGGCUGGAGUGCGCAGGAUCAUCCAGUGUCACGGCUCUUUUGCCACAGCAUCCUGUCUUAUCUGCAAGUACAAAGUGGACUGUGAAGCCAUUAGAGAGGACAUCUUUAAUCAGGUUGUACCACACUGCCCGAGGUGCCCUGACUUUCCCCUGGCAAUCAUGAAGCCAGACAUCGUUUUCUUUGGAGAAAAUCUACCAGAACUGUUUCACCGUGCAAUGAAACAGGACAAAGAUGAAGUUGACCUCCUUAUUGUCAUUGGGUCUUCACUUAAAGUGCGACCGGUGGCACUUAUUCCCAGCUCCAUCCCUCAUGAAGUGCCUCAGAUCCUGAUCAAUCGAGAGCAGCUUCCACAUCUUAACUUUGAUGUGGAGCUGCUGGGAGACUGUGAUGUCAUCAUAAAUGAACUCUGUCAUAGGCUGGGUGGAGAAUAUAAGCAGCUGUGCUACAACCCUUUAAGACUCACUGAGAUUACAGAGAUACCCCCUCGACCUCAGAGAGGCUCCGCAGAGAUACCCGUGAGGCUGCAAGGAGACCAUGCAGAGACACCCACACGGCCUCAGAGUAACCUCUCUGUAGACACAUGCUCUGACACUACACCUUCACCUGAGCACACAGAGGAACAAUCUAGCCAGCACAAGCCAGACUCAGCUGGGUCAGCUGAGGAAACAGAGGCCCAUUUACCCCCCAGUACACCAUCCCCUGCUAAUGACAUCACAGACAAUUCUGCCGACACAAGGACAGAGCCCCCAGAUAACGAGGAGAUGGAAAGUCUCGAGCUGCAGGCUGCUGACCCUAGGACAGAAGUCUUGGGAACCCAGAACAGAAAUCCCAGAACUGAGGGCCGCAGAAGAUGCUGGAUGAGUCGAAUUGGCAGAAGCCCAAUCAGCAAGCGCCUUGAGACAUCUCAAUACCUAUUUCAAGCACCAAAUCACUACAUCUUCCAUGGGGCGGAAGUGUACUCUAACUCUGAGGCUGAGACAUCCAGUUCGUGUGGCAGCGUGAGCGAGGACUCCUGCCAGAGUGCGGAGCGAUUGGAGGAGGAGGACAGCGAUGCAGAUGACUUUUGCUCUCCAGCCAAUGAGAGAGAGGCAGCACUGAGCGAUGCACUUCCACAGCAGGCCAAUGAGGAACCACCAACUGUAAAGACAGAGAGUACAGCAGAGAACAGCCAAAAUGGUACACAAAUAUAACAUUUAAUACAUCUUUAUGCCACCUUUUAACUGAAACGCACGUCUACAAGCACUAGCAAGGCAAGGUUUAUAUAUGCUGGCAGUGAAGAAGAAUUACUCAUAUAUACAUAUGCAAAUGCUUACCAAUUUUGGAGAAAGCUUUUUUGGCCAGAACCGUGCAGCUGGUAAGAAGCCUUUCUUGAGAUCAGUGUUGCUGGAAUAUUGUGGAGGCUAACAAGAUAAUGGCACUCAUCACUGUGCUGGCAGUGUGAGGGUGUGGCUUUAGGAGACAGGGCCUGCCAGCGCAGUCACAUAACUUGAAUCCCAUUGAGAAUCUUUGGGGCAAUGCAGCUGAAAGACACAAUUGUGUGAAUUGUGGGAACCAGUAAGGUGUGGGCAUGGUCUGUGUUUCCAUGGGACCGCCUCCAGGCCACACUCAACAGCAAGAUAUGAGGUGUCAUUAAAGCUAAAGAGGAUCUGUAAGGUAUUAAAGUAGUGAUUUGUGCUAUCCCAGUCUAGCUUUGCAUGAUUAAACAAUUUGUGGAGUAAUUCUUUUUGACUGCUGGAGUAUAUGUAUGUAAGCACAUACAUACACA